UUUCUGUUUUAGCUUUAACUGCAACAUAUUCGUCUGUUGAUGUAGAAAUUAUACAAUCAAUUUUAGAAAGGCCUAAUAUGAAAGUUAUUAGAACUUCAAUUAUUCAUCAUCCAGAAAUUACAUUAGAAAUUAAACCUAAACUAAUCGCAAAAAAUAAAUUUUAUCAAAUAAUAUUUGAUUUAUUAGAUAAUCUUGAAGGACGAAUGUAUCAUGAAAAACUUACAACUUUUGGUAUGGGUAUAAAUAUAAAUGAUGUUACUUUAAUAAUUCAUACAACUUUACCAAUGUCUUAUGAUCAAUAUAUACAAGAAAUUGGUCAGGCUGGACGAUUUAGACAACAAUCUAGAGCAAUAUUAUUUUAUUCACGAAGUGAUAUCUGUACAUUAUUAACAAUUUUGAGUAAUAG